GGGGAUUAAAGGAGAGCGUCACACAAUUUGAAUACGGAUGUGCCUCGCGCCAGCACAGCCGGACACAGUGAUGCGAAAAGUGUCGACGUGAGGUGAGAGGAGGCGAAGAAGUGGAACCUAAAAACAAAAGAUGACAGAAUAAUAAAAGAAAGUGCCAUUUACAACAACAACAAAAUAAUAACUUUGCUACAGCCCAUGUAACGUAUUCUCUACUCCCGGGAAAAACAGGCUUUCCAUGUGACCAUUUUUACGCAGCCCGUCAAUGAAGAGGAAUAGGUGCUUUUUAAAUUCACCUUUCUAUCUUCUGGAUUCCGGAUUGUGACAAGUGCCAGGACAGGACAGGGGCGCCCAGAACCAGAAGUACAGAAGAGGAAGUUCGGAGAGUGUUCGCCUAAAGCCUGCCUUUAAACGGUAGGGGAUAGGGUCUUCUCACCACCCACCCACCUGACGGAACAUUCGCGUCUGCUUUGUCCCAAAUCCCGGAGCCAAGACGUUGCUGCGCAGAGAGCCGUGUGGCCCCAGACCCAGCACCGGAGCCUGCGUGGGAAGGUCGGCUCUCGGUGUCCUCCAGACCGGCGGGAUGAUGGUCCACUGCGCGGGGUGCGACAGGCCCAUCCUGGACCGGUUCCUGCUUAACGUGUUGGACCGAGCCUGGCACGCCAAAUGCGUCCAGUGCUGCGAGUGCAACUGUAAUCUGACAGAGAAGUGCUUCUCCCGGGAUGGGAAGCUCUAUUGUAAAAUUGACUUUUUCAGGAGGUUUGGGACGAAGUGCGCAGGAUGCCUCCAAGGCAUCUCUCCCAGCGAUCUGGUGCGCAAGGCGCGCAGCAAGGUGUUCCAUCUCAACUGCUUCACGUGCAUGGUGUGCAACAAGCAGCUGUCCACGGGCGAGGAACUCUACAUCAUCGACGAAAAUAAAUUUGUGUGUAAAGAAGACUACCUGAGCUCAGGGGCGAUCAAGGAAGUAAACUUGAAUUCAGUGUCAUCAUGCACAGACAGAAGUUUAUCGCCGGACCUCCAGGACCCGAUGCAGGACGACACAAAAGAGACGGACAAUUCCACGUGCUCAGAUAAGGACACGAACAAUAACGAGAAUGAGGAGCAGAGUUCGGGUACGAAGCGGCGAGGUCCGCGAACCACCAUCAAAGCCAAGCAGCUGGAGACGCUGAAGGCUGCCUUCGUGGCCACGCCGAAACCCACCCGACACAUCCGGGAACAGUUGGCCCAGGAGACGGGACUCAACAUGCGGGUUAUACAGGUGUGGUUCCAGAACCGUCGGUCUAAGGAGCGGAGGAUGAAGCAGCUGAGUGCUCUGGGGGCCCGGCGGCACGCCUUCUUCAGAGGGCCCCGGAGGAUGAGGCCCCUGGGGGGACGACUGGAGGACCCAGACAUACUGGGGCCUGGGGCCUACGGAUAUUACACAGAGUACCAGGGUGACUACUACGGAGGUGGAAACUACGAAUUCUUCCCCCAUGGCCCUCCCUCCUCUCAGGCUCAGUCUCCAGCAGAAUCCCCCUACAUCCAUGGAGGGGCCAUGGAGGGCUCUGUGUCAGCCCACCACCCCUCUGACGACAAUAGGUUCACGGACAUGAUCUCCCACGCAGACACCCCCAGCCCAGAGCCCGGCCUGCCCAGCUCCCUGCAGCCUGUCCCUGGGGAGGCAUACGGAGGGGGGCCCAGCCCACCCUUCUCCCUGGCUAGUAACUCCAGCUACAGUGCCCCCAUGUCCCACCCCGGACAAGAGAUGGGAGAGACCACCGUCUGGUAGACUAGAGGGGGGAUGUCUGGGUCUGGGAAUGGGAUGAGGGUUUCGUUGGGAGGGAGGGUGAACUUCCCAUUUUCGAUUCAAUCAACUCGGGAGAUGAAUUUGAAGACGUUAUGUAUCAGUAGUUCUGAAUUAAAAAUGCUGUUUAUGUAUUUGUUAAUGGGGAUUUUUCUAUUCACGGAUUGGGAUUUUGAAUUCACUUGCUGAAUUGAUGGAGUUGAAAUGGAAUUGUUCCCCCUAACUCUUAUCCUUCACAUACGUGAUGGACUGAGGAUGGAAGAUGGGGCGGCUUUGCUGGAAAAAUAUCAACUUUGUUAUACUAUUCGCCGCCCUAUUCAGCCCCGUCAGUAGAAAUACACUCCCACCCACCUCUGGAAACAAUGAACUGGGAUUGGAAAAAGAUAGACGCUUCGGCGGUUCCUCUUGCCCCCAUAUCCCCCCCACCCGAGAAGAGAUCAAGGUAUCCAUUGAUGGAGAUUAAGGACACUUGAUAUUGCGGAGAGAGAUAAAGAAAGAAUACAAGCCAAAAGGGAUGAUUUAUGUAUUUUAUUUUUUGGUUUCAAAACUGUCUUGUUUUUUUAUUCUAGUCUACUGUUUCUUAAAGGCAUAAUGUUGUAGGCCUAACUGGUCAGUUCCUCUUCUGCAUAACAUAUGUUUUACUGGUACACCAGUCUCCUAUUGUAAUAUUGCUUCCAAUACAAUGCUCUAAUACAGACAAAUGCACUCGUUCAGUGUUUUAACUGUUUCUAAGCACAACCACCUUUGCUUUUAGCUUCAACACCAACAAGAUAAACCAUUCAGGGGCCUGUAGUGUAGAGCAGAUAUCUGCUUGACGACAGAGAUGACAACAGUCAGUUAAUGUGAAAGCAGGAGAGUCAUUUGGGGUAGCCAGGUAAACAUGUUAGAUGUCAAAGACAUUGUCAUUGACAACAUUUAUGUGAUCCCUUUGAUAGCCUUUGAACAACUUUACUGCAGCUUUCAUAAAGACCCAUAAUUACAUACAUUAAUUAUUCUGGAAUUCUACACAAUAUACAUGCACAUACAUUCCUUACCAUUUUCAUCAUCAGUUCUAGUGAGGUGUUCCUGAUAGAUGGUCUCGCUGUUCUCGUAUGGGAUCUCUAUAUGGUUAUUCAGAACACACACAUACAUAAGCCAUGCAUACACACACACCCACACCUACCCCUCUCUAAUCAAGGCCCCCUCCAUGCACAUAUCCCUCACGCCCAUCCAGGCACCCCUGUCAGUCCCUCUCUUUUCCUCUCCUCUCCUUCUCCACUUCUCCUGAUCUUCCCUUUGUUAGUGUCCCUUUUUUGAAAAGCAUGUUUUAAUGGAAAUUAUUUUCAAAAGAACAUUGAAGCCAUAAUGGAGAACGUCCUUCAGCAGCUGAGGUCUCCUUCUUCAAUAGACAGAGAACUGUAGGAGGAGCCAGACAACAUCUGUGACUUGCUACCCAUCUGUCUACCUGGCAGCCUGGCAACCAUCCCCACCUAGUGGUCAGAUAGGACAACUACAGAGAGGGGUUUCCAUCAGCCGUGUGUCAAAUAAAAUAAAA